UGUUAUAGUGUGUAGUUUAGUUAUAUUACGAGACUCUGUAAAACUUGCAAGUGUUCCUACUUACAAUGUUUGGCAUAUUUUCAAUAGUCUAACUUCAGUGUAGACCUAGCUAACUGAAAGAUAAUAAAACAAUGCUCCUCUGUGACACCUUUCCAGCUCACCUACCUUUUUUUUGCAGGCACUGUAGUGCAUUCACAUAGAGCUCUACAGUGAUGAGUGGAAGGGAUCUGCAUACAUUCGUUACAAACUACAAAGCAGAAGAUGUGGAAAAAUUGACACUGCGUAUGAAAAAUGGUCUUGGCAGCUCAAAGUACAAACCGGCUGAAUAUAAAAGACUUCAAGCCAUUGUUGAUGCCAAACGCCUGGAGUGUGAUCUAACUGGACAAAAGGUUCAGAAGACUCGCUGUGCAGCCAAGGCAACCAAGGAGAGCUCCAUAUUACGGCAGCACAGACAGGUGUGGAGCAGAGAGUGCCCCAGGCUGCAAAAGACUGAGGAGCAGGCUGAGAAUGACAUCCAUGAUUUUCUAGAGCAGAUUAGGCCAAAUGGUAGAACCGACACUGCCAUCUUUUCACUUCAAGAUUAUGGGCAGCUCCUAGAGAGGGAGCGGGAGGCAUUCAGGAUAGCCACUGUGGAGCCUGUUCAUCAGCUCAAGGAUGAUCUGUGCUUCCGACUGGGUGAAGUACAACAUCGGCAGCUCACUGCCCAUCGAUCAAACUGGGAACAAGUAAUACAACAGAUAACCUUUGUGAAAGACCAGCAAGAUGACAUAAAUGCAAACCUUCAUGCAGAGUACCUGGCCUUGGAGGAGGAGAUCAUUGGCCUUGGCUUGGAGAAGUAUCAUAUUAGUACUUCAGAUAGUCCCGUAAACAUAGAAAACAUUCCAGAGGAGGUAUUGGAUUUAGACUGCCCUUACCCAGAGCUGAAGGACUCCCUGAUCCAGGCCUUCCACUCCCUGUCAGAGAGGUACCAGAGCAGGCUGCAGAGUCUACAAGAGCAACUGCAAAGAACUAACAGGUUCUGUGGCUGGUGUGCAGAUGACCACCAACGCUUCCAGUUCACUUUGUCUCAGUACACUCAUGACAUACCCAACCACAGAGCGCUCUACAUGGACAUGCUGCAAAGACUCUUCCCUGAGAAAACUAGACAAGAGCUGAUGGAGCAUGAACGUGUGUGGGACUGGCAGCGCUUCACCCAGGCACAGCUGAGAGUGGUGACCCAGCAGUGGCAGCGGGACCAGGAUGAGCUGCUGGCCAGAGCCCUGGUCACCCUGCAGGAGGCGAGACAUGUCCACCAGGAGGAGCUGGAGCUCCAUAGAGACCGCCAGCACCAGCAGGACAUCUGCUCACAUCUCAGAGAGAAGCUGCAGCAGUGGCGGGCCCAGCAGGAGGAGGUGGCGAAGCUGGAGGCAGCUAUAGCUGCUAGACAACAGGAGGAGGAAGAAGCAAGAGUAAAGAAGGAGCAGGAGAAGGAGACCGCCAUCAGAUCAAAGCAGAAAGAAAAAGUCAGGCAGUUUUAUUUAAAGCAGCAGAAAAGGAGGGAGGUGCUGGGGCAGAGGGAUCAAGAGAGACUCGCUAAUCUGAGGAGUGUCAUGGAAGAACAGGCAAGGCGAGAUAAAGAGAGGGUGCAGUUUCGGGCAGAUAUGUUGCAGCGGCGAAGGGAGGAGAGAGAGGUGCGGGAGCUUGAGCGGCAGAGAGAAGAAGAAGAGAAACGGAAUCGUCUGGAAGUUCUCAGAAACCAGGUUGGGGUGGUGGCAGAGGCAGACCCAGAGAGGAUGAUGGCAGAUACAGACGCUUGGAGGAGUCGGCACUUGAAUGUAAAGGAGUUUGAGCUCCAAAGGCCUCUCUACAGUAUUAACACGUACACAGACACACAGAUUGUGUCUGAUCCAAGAGUGCGGGUUGAGCAGGCUCUGCGGGAGGCUGGUCUGCACCACAGCCAGUAUGCCAAAGAGGUUCUGUCUGUUAUCAAGCCCCCCAAACCACCUCGACGAGAUACCAAAUCCAUCCUCAAAUUCUGACCAUGUUUGGGGGUCACAUUAUUUAGUCCCACCAACUCUUGUUUUGGUACUGACCAUUAUAUUAAAUGUAAAUAAUACAUUUUA